AUGACUGAAGACAGUGGCACCAAACACCAGCAACUCCAUUAUCUACAGCGGUGGAUUCACCCAGACUACCCUGUGGCCCUCCCUGAUGCUCUCCCUGUGGCUCUCCCUGCGGCUCUCCCUGCGGCUCUCCCUGUGGCUCUCCCUGAUGCGCUCCCUGAUGCUCUCCCUGCGGCUCUCCCUGAUGCGCUCCCUUAUGGUCUCCCUGCGGCUCUCCCUGCGGCUCUCCCUGAUACUCUCCCUCUGUGGCUCUCCCUGUGGUUCUCCCUGUGGCUCUUCCUGAUGCUCUCCCUGCGGCUCUCCCUGCGGCUCUCCCUGUGGCGCUCCCUGAUGCGCUCCCUGAUGCUCUCCCUGCGGCUCUCCCUGAUGCGCUCCCUUAUGGUCUCCCUGCGGCUCUCCCUGCGGCUCUCCCUGAUACUCUCCCUCUGUGGCUCUCCCUGUGCUGCUCUCCCUGUGGUUCUCCCUGUGGUUCUCACUGUGGUUCUCCCUGUGGUUCUCCCUGUGGCUCUCCCUGAUGCUCUCCCUGUGGCUCUCCCUGAUGCUCUCCCUGUGGCUCUCCCUGUUGCUCUCCCUGUGGCUCUCGCUGAUGCUCUCUCUGUGGCUCUCCCUGAUGCUCUCCCAGCUGCUCUCCCUGUGGUUCUCUCUGUGGCUCUCCCUGAUGCUCUCCCUGUGGCUCUCCCUGAUGCUCUCCCUGUGGCUCUCCCUGUGGCUCUCCCUGUGGCUCUCCCUGUGGCUCUCCCUGUUGCUCCCCCUGCUCUCUCAUCCCGGCAGCAGCUGCAGACCACUGUUGUUUUCUUCAUCUGUCUCACUGAACAGGUUUCAGUCUGA